AUGCAGACCUACGCCGACUUUGACGCGGACGACACUGACCGGUUUCCGGUUCCGGUGAUCGGCGCCAGUCUUCCGGUGGAGAUCGUCGGCCGCCGAGUGCACCAGCCGCGGGACAUGUUCGACUGGGAACGCAGCGAAGCGCGGGCCGACGUUUUGGUGUUCGUCCACCACAUGAACGACGUGGUGAAGCGGUACCCGUCGGCGGCAGCGGCCAGGCGGCGAUGGCGGCGUCGGCAGCAACGCGGCCGCGACUGCAACGUGGACAAGGUGAUGGCGGUGUUGCGGGUGGUCGGCGAGUGGGCGGAGAAACGGUGCAGCGAGCCUGCUGGCCACGAUCACUUGCCAAUGAUGUCAGCCGCCGAGCAUUUCGGCCACUUCCACGGCCAGUUGCGGGCCGAAGGACGGGCCCUGUUGGACCGGACGUACGAUAGCGGUUGCGGCCGGGCUGACUACCGGAGCGUCAUGCUUCCGGCGUACUUGGAGCGGAGCUUCGGCGACCCGGUGACGAUGACCUACGGGCCGGCGCACGAACUGUCGUUUUGCGUCUUCCUGGUGGCGCUGUUCAAGCUUCACCGCUUGACGUGGGCCGACGAACCGUUCAUCGUGACCGUGAUCUUCGACAGGUACUUGGACGUUGUGGACUACGUGAUACGGUCCUACAGGCUGUGCCCGUCCGCGGGCAGCGAACGCGGUAACUGGUGCCUGAGCGGUUACCAGUUCGUCGGGUUCCUGUGGGGCAGUGCACAGCUGGCCGGGACAUACGGCGACGACGGUUCCGGUUCCGACGGACGACUGCCAACAAUGUCGUCACCGGCGGCAGCGGUGCCGGACGCGGACGCGUGCCGACGGCACCGGGACGAGUACGUGUUCGCCAAGUGCAUGGACGCCGCGCACCGACGGGCCAAAACCGGCGUGCCGCUGUGGUUCCAUUCGUACCAACUGUGGAACUUGACGGCCCUGCCGCGGUGGGACCGGGUGAACGGUUGCCUGAUGGCCGCGUACCAGUGUGACGUGCUUGACCGGUUCGAGGUCGUCCGCCAACUGGCCUUUUGCGAACUGUUUAAGUUCGCCCAAAACGUCCGGCCGCCCGGCACGUCGUUUUACGACAUUAUACCAGCGGCGCCGGCAUCGGAGACGGCCGUGGUACGGACGACGGCCAACGUUUCGGCCGACUACGACGACGACGCCACCGACGACGAAGGAAGAACCGCUGAAUGCGGAGAAUGGGAGGACGGUGAAACGGAAGACUUCGAAAUAGUGGCGAACGAAGGACUAAUAAUAUACUAA